AUGAAGGAGCUGUCUCUGCUCUCCCUGAUCUGCUCCUGUUUCCAUACCCAGCCCCACCCUAACACCAUCUACCAGUAUGGAGUGUCACAGGUCCACAGAACCUCUGGGGUUUUCUUCUCUCUCAAAGAUAUGGAAGUGAAGCAGCUGGAUAAGAGGGCAUCAGGCCAGAGCUUUGAAGUGAUCCUGAAGUCCCCUUCAGAUUUAUCUCCUGAGAGCCCGAUCCUUUCCUCUCCCCCCAAGAAGAAGGACCUGUCCCUGGAGGAGCUGCAGAGGAGGCUGGAGGCUGCAGAAGAGAGGAGGAAGACCCAGGAGGCUCAGGUGCUGAAGCAGCUGGCGGAGAAGCGGGAACACGAGCGGGAGGUGUUGCACAAGGCGCUGGAGGAGAACAACAACUUCAGCCGCCUGGCCGAGGAGAAGCUCAACUACAAGAUGGAGCUGAGCAGGGAGAUCCGCGAAGCACAUCUCGCCGCCUUGAGGGAGCGGCUCCGCGAGAAGGAACUGCACGCAGCCGAAGUUCGCAGGAACAAGGAACAGCGGGAGGAGAUCUCUGGAUAAAGGGCUUUUCUACACAUCUAGCACCAGAUUCCUGUUAACCGACCAACCAACACGUUUUAUUUUGUUUGUCUAGAUGCAACAUUCGGUUCUCCAUCCCCCCUCCCCUAGUGUUUGUCCUCCCGGCUACACGCUUCUCUAUCUCUGCAUCCUUAAUCGUCAGUACUUGUGGGGGAUUCACAGAUCAUAGGGACCUCUAAGCAGAAUAGCAACUAGUUCACAUGAAAUAGAGAAUUGAUCAGUCAAUCAAACAGCUUCUUUGGAGGGUUUUGUCCUUUUUUUAAAAAAAAAAAUAUUUCUUAAACUGAUGUAAAAAA